AAAACUAUUCCGGAUAUGAGUAGGUAUCCGUGCUUUUUAAUUACCGCUCUCAGAUCCUGUUUUUCCCAAUCUCGACCGAUAAUGACAAUAACCUAAGGAUUUUUUUCAAGAUAAGGUUCCAAUAAACCACCAAUUUGACGUAGGUAUGCUUAAGCAAUUUACCAACCGACGAAUAAAAACUGUGAUUUGAAAAAUUGGCAGCAAUCUAAUCUGCGGGAUUUCCAGUGCUCGCUAAACCCGAUCUCAAGAAAUUAUAAAUUUACAUUGAGGAACGGAUUCAGCAGUAAAUAAUAACCUGAUGCUACAACAUUGACCUCUACAUAGCUAGCGCUUCUUUGACUCUGUUUAUGUUGAUAUUUUGUAGUGAUAAUGUUUAAUUACAACAUGACACGUAGUUGAUAGUGAUUGUGUGAAUUUGGUGAGAUGUGGACCGGUUCAAAUUUGGCGAUUUGUUGUUUCUUCAUCUGGAGUGCUUUCAAUGGAUGUUCGGACUGUAUCACCAUUAAUUUGACAAGGUCAGAACUAGCCCGACAACGACGUCAAACUGAUUGCGAUGGAUUCCAGUGUAGAAAUGGACAAUGCGUGGACGAAGAUGUGAAAUGUGAUGGAAGAGUAGACUGUGACGAUGGAAGUGAUGAAACAACACUUUGCAGAGAUCUCAUGUGUCGUGGUAACAUCUUUCGAUGUCAAUAUGGAGCUUGCAUUAGUAAAAAAUUGGAAUGUGAUGGUAAAAAAGAUUGCAGGGACGGAUCAGACGAAACCAGCCCUAGAUGUGGGAAUGUCCUAAGGAAUAAGUGCAAUUCCACCGAAUUCGAAUGCAAAAACAAACAGUGCAUAAAUAUAGACAACAAGUGUGAUGGUACCCCCGACUGCACAGAUUUGAGUGAUGAGACUGAAGAAGCAUGCUUGAAGUUAGCAUGUCCCGGACAUACGUUCAAGUGUAAAUAUGGCGCCUGUAUAUCGAGAAAGGGACGAUGUAACGGCAUAACAGAGUGUUUCGAUGGAUCAGACGAGAGUAAGGAGGAAUGUGGAGAUCUCUACAUACCUAUAGGUCCUAAUCCGUUCACUCCAACACCCACACCAACACCUACACCAACACCAACACCGACUCCAACUCGUCCUUCUGGAAAACCAAGACCUCCAAAUAUUUUCACACCGGGAAGCUGUAUCCUUCCUCCAAAUAUAGCUAAUGGAAGUUGGGAAGUAUCUAACGCAAUAUAUGACUAUCACGCUGGUGAUUUAGUAGAAGCUGGCACUACUAUAAACAUCACGUGUGGAAGACGUUUCGUUGUCAGUGGUACAGAAAGUAACGUGGCGCUAAGUAUAUGCUUUCCAGGAUUAGGUUGGUCGAUAACUAAUCCAAAAUGUAUACGGAUCUGUCAGCCUUUGACAACCACUGGACCUACACGUGUAACAUGUACAAAUGACAAAAUCGACAUCAGUUGUAGAGCGCCCACUGAUGGCACUACAGCGAAGUUCAGUUGUCCCCUGUAUUACGAACUGUCUACUUACAAUGAUCUCAGAUUUUGUACAGAAGGUUCAUGGGAUGAAGACGAACCGAAGUGUAAACCAGUGUGCGGUCAGAAGAGUGUGAAUGUGAAGGAACUGAUAAUAGGCGGCAAAAAGGUGAGAAAAGGUUACUAUCCUUGGUCAAUUGCACUCUACAAACAUGAUGGAGAAUCUUUUCAACACGUCUGUGGGGGUUCCCUUCUCAACGAAAGAGUUGUUGCUACAGCUGCUCAUUGCGUUACGGAUAUGAAUGGAAAGAAAAGAGAGAAGACUCUUUACAGGGUGGCAGCAGGAAAGUACUAUCGGGACUAUUACAACCAAAAUGAUACUGACGCAGAAUUCUCUGAGAUAGAAGAAAUUUUUGUUGCUUCAAACUACAAGGCGUCAACAUGGCAAUAUGUAGGAGACAUAGCUCUUCUUGCACUCAAAGAACAUUUCAACGCAUCACUAUUCAUCCAAAGGAUAUGUGUGGAUUGGGACCCUGAAUCUUUAUACGAGGGGAAACUACUUAACACAAAGGGUGUAGUCACAGGUUGGGGAUAUACAGUGAGAGGUGCUAAGGAAUCUGAAGUUUUGAAAGAAAUAUCUCUGCCAUACAUUGAUUUCCAACAGUGCUAUGAUUCCACGCCUGAGGAAUUCAAAACUUACGUGAGGGAGGACAAAAUGUGCGCAGGAUAUUAUGGUAGAGGUAUUGGAGUUUGCGAAGGAGACAGUGGAGGUGGCCUUGCUUUUCUAAAUCCGGAUGGUCCUAAAAGAAACCGUUUUUAUUUGAGAGGUAUCGUCAGCACUUCACCUCAAAUAGAUGGUAGUUGCGAUGAGUUCAAAUACGCAUUUUUUACCAAGGUUUCCUCCUAUAUACGUUUUAUAUGGCCGAUAGUACGACAAUACAGAGACAGGAACUGAAGUUUUGCUCAAAAAACUAGGUUGGAGCUGCAUUUUAUAUAUUUAUAUUACCAGCGAUGAUAUCGACAAAUAAUAGUGAUAUUUAUUCUUGUCUACACUAAGUCGUACCUUACUAAAAUAAUUUUUUUAAUUUUUUAAAUGCCGAACAAAUUUUUAUUAUUUAAUGUUUUUUUUGUGUACAAAGAAGUGAGCAUUAAACUGGAAAAAACC